AUGUUUCUCAAAGCUAUGAUACUCUCUCUGGCCUUUGUGGCUAUCGCCAGUGUCCAGGCUGAGAUGCAACCUGACCAGAUAUCCCAAAUAGUAUGGGAUUAUUUCAACAAGCUGAGCGCCAAUGCCAAGGACGCCAUGGAACAGCUACAGAAUUCCGAGUUGAACCAGCAGUUCAACACCCUUUUGCAGGACAAGUUGGGGGAAGUUAGCACACACACCAAUGACCUGACGAAGAAGAUACUGCCUUUUGCCAUGGAAUUACCCACCCGUCUGGUCCAGGACUCAGAAAGACUGAAGAUGCAGAUCCAGAGGGAUCUGGAGGAGCUGCGAGUCCAGAUGCAGCCCUUUGCAGAACAGGUCAACCAGAAGAUGAGUGACAAUGUUCAGAACCUGAAGCAGUACGUGGUGCCCUACACGGGUAAGAUCCAAACCCACCUCAGUGAGAAUGUGGAGCAACUCCAACAGCAGCUGGCCCCCUUUGUUCAGCAGCUGGAUGCAGCCAUGAAGGAGAACAUAAAGAGCUUGCAGACUGACAUAGUCCCCUUGGCCAACCAGUUCAAGGACAAGGUCAACCAGCAAGUGGACAGUAUAAAAGACAAGCUCAUCCCUUACGCUGAUGGGCUCCAAGGCAAGAUUGACGAGCACAUAGAAGAGCUUCGCAAGACCCUCACACCUUUUGCCACUGGUGCCCAGGAUCAACUCAACCGUCAGCUUGAAAGCCUGGCUUUCCAGAUGAAGAAGAAUGUAGAACAGUUGAGGACCAAGAUCUCUGAGAACACAGAAGACCUGAGGCAAAAACUGACACCUUUUGCUAAGGACAUCCAGGGAAAGAUUCCAGGAAAUUCAGAGGAGCUGUACCAGUCCCUGGCCAAGGUGAGGGGACAGAUGAACCAGCACAUUGAAGAGUUCCACAGGAAUAUCGGGCCCCAAGGAGAGGCCUUCAACAGGGCCUUGGUGCAGCAGCUAGAAGACCUCAAGAAGAAACUAGGGUCCCAGUCUGGUGAGAUAGAGGACCACCUGGGCCUUUUGGAGAAGGGCCUGAGGGACAAAGUAAACUCCUUCUUCAGUAGCCUCCAGGAGAGCCAGGAGGAGAUGCCUGCUGAUCCCCAGCCCUAGGUCUUCAAAGUCUGAGCAGCCUUUCUCAGCUCUCUGUAGAGCACUUUUGCCUCCUGGUUUGGACCCCAAACCACAAUUCUUUGUCCAUCCUCCAGUAAGCCAAAACAUCUCUAGGUGGAGGCAUGGGAUUGUUGCUGUGGGAAAAAGUAGUAUUCAUGGUCCUUGAUAAAUAAAACUGAUUUAAAA